UCACACGCUCACAAUCACAGAUCCUACAUUUCCUUUACUUUGGCCUCGGACUUAACACACUUGAAAAAACAGUUUUGAGUUUGAAGAAUUAUGGCUCAAGCUAUGGCUUCAAUGGCUGGCUUACGCGGCUCUUCCCAGGCGCUCCUCGAAGGCAGCCUUCAAUCCAACCGCCUCAGCAGUGGCACCACCAGCAGGACCGCCGCCGCCAGAACCGGAUUCAGCAUCCGCGCUCAGCAAGCCGAAACCGAGACUAGCCGCCGCGCCAUGUUGGGUCUUGUUGCCACUGGGAUUGUCUCCGGCUCCUUCGUUCAAGCCGUGCUAGCUGAAGCCGCCAAACCCAUCAAGAUCGGCCCACCACCACCUCCCUCCGGUGGUCUGCCUGGAACUUUGAACUCGGACGAAGCAAGAGAUUUUGAUUUGCCAUUGAAGAACAGGUUCUUCCUUCAGCCAUUGGCGCCAGUUGAGGCAGCAGCAAGAGCUAAGGAAUCUGCGAAAGAAAUCGUUGGAGUGAAGUCGUUGAUCGACAAGAAGGCUUGGCCAUACGUGCAGAACGACCUUCGUUCUAAAGCAGAGUACCUGCGUUAUGACCUCAACACUAUCAUUGCUGCCAAGUCCAAGGAAGAGAAGCAAUCUCUCAAGGAGCUCACUGGCAAGCUCUUCCAGGAUAUCAGCAACCUGGACCAUGCUGCAAAGAUUAAGAGCUCCUCCGAGGCCGAGAAGUACUAUGCCAUCGCUGUAUCUACACUCAAUGACGUUCUCGCAAAGCUUGGUUAAAUUAAACCAUGUUGUAAGCAUAUGCAUGUUUUUAGUCAAUGGGAUGCUACUUGUAUGAAUUUUCCAUCAUUUUCUUUCUAUUUCCAUCAAAUACUUGUCCAUUUGAAUAUAUAUAUGGUUUCUGACAUUCCGAUAAA